UGGGCGAAGCAGAAGACGCUCUUAGCAACAAGCUAAGAAACCACACAUCUAUGCGCGUGCCAUUCCGGGACAGAGCACGGAUCCAAAACACCCAGACCUUUCGAGGACACGACUCCUGAGAAGAUAGUUUCAGAUGUCUGACUGGCGAUCGGGGGGAGGCCUCAUUGUUUUCUCAUCAAAACAACGGCCUCCUUGUUUUCUAAUCAAAACACGGUAGGCUCGCGCUAUCCGGAAGCGCUAGGCUGGAGCGUUAACGUUAGCUGCCGUUGGAUCGUGCGCUUUGGCUGGGAUGAGUCUGCUGAUCCAACAAACAACAAGAUCUUCCAGAGGAGGUACGAGAGGACGUGGUCGACAUCGGUUUAGUGCUUGGACUCAGUCUGGUUGCGGUUUGGGAAGAGAGUCCCAAACGAAAGAAACGCUUUGUGUCUCUCGCAACUUUUGAGUUUCAGCGAGUCUCCAUCAUCAUCAUCAUCGAGGAAGACACGAUCACCAUUGUUGUCAUAAAAAGUUUCGUUUGUAAAUCACUUGAAGCUCUCCUAACUAGUGAUCGUUUUAUUAUGCUUGAAACGUGUCUGUUACUACAUCUCCAAACUUACAGGUGGUCAAACUGAUAAGCCUGACGAAAACAGCUUAAAGGGGAUCAUGCCUGAACUCUACAACACUAUGAAGUGGUCAGUUUAGUCCUGGGACAUUUUAAACAAAAAGCUUCGUGUUGGCAUCAUACUUGUCUUAUUAGACAUCAUACUUGUCUUAUUAGACAUCGAGGACAGUUCCCUUAUUGUUUUGGAUGGAUCUAGCCUUAGUGAAAAUAUUUGUUAAGAGACAAAAAAGUAUUUGAUGUUGACUACGUGCAAUCAUGAUGAUAUUGAGCAGAAAACCAGAUGGCCCCAUAACUGCAGCUCGCCAUGGUGAUGGUCUGUAUGACUCUUACAUGCGGACCGAUCAUGUUGUGAAUCAGGGGGCCGAUGUGAAUGGACAGAGUCCCUCUGGGUUGCCUCCCCUCCUCAAACACACUGGCCCCAACAAGACUACAGUGAAAGAUCAAGCAAUCCGAGGAGGGCAGAUGAAGGUGAAGUACGUUUACGAGGACUCCUACAACCGCAAAAUCAACGGUGUGAGCCAACAUAAUGGCACAAGUCAAGCACCAGCCAAGCCUCAAUCUGCCAUCUCCAAAGAAAGAAGUGUGGACAGCAACAUCUCUGUUAAAUCCUCUGAGAGCUCAACAAAAAUCACAAAGCUGUCCACCCCCAUGACCCCAGAACAAGCCCUGAAACAUCACAGGCAGAAUUUGACUACACUUGAGCAGCAGGAGAUCCACAACUAUCCUGAGAUUUACUUCCUGGGACCAAAUGCCAAAAAGAGGCCGGCUGUAGCAGGAGGCACCAACAAUUGCGGAUAUGAUGAUGACCAGGGAGGUUACAUUCACGUACCUCAUGACCACCUUGCUUAUCGUUACGAGUUCCUCAAGGUGAUCGGAAAGGGUAGUUUCGGACAGGUGGCAAAGGUUUAUGACCACAAGUUACAGCAGCACCUUGCCCUGAAGAUGGUCCGCAACGAGAAGCGCUUUCAUCGCCAAGCUGCCGAGGAGAUCCGAAUUCUGGAGCACCUGAAGAAGCAAGAUAAGACAGGCAGCAUGAACUUAGUCCACAUGUUGGAGAACUUCACCUUCCGCAACCACAUAUGCAUGACUUUUGAGUUGCUCAGCAUGAACCUGUACGAGCUCAUUAAACGCAACAAGUUCCAGGGUUUCAGUCUGCCACUGGUGCGCAAGUUUGCACACUCUAUUCUCCAAUGCCUGGAAGCUCUCCAUCGCCAUAAGAUCAUCCACUGUGAUCUAAAACCAGAGAAUAUUUUACUGAAGCAACAGGGCAGGAGCGGCAUCAAGGUCAUUGACUUCGGCUCCAGUUGUUUCGAUCAUCAACGGGUCUACACUUACAUCCAAUCCCGUUUCUACCGCGCACCCGAGGUUAUCUUGGGCUCCCGAUAUGGUAUGCCGAUAGACAUGUGGAGCUUUGGUUGCAUCCUGGCAGAGCUGCUUACCGGAUACCCUUUGUUUCCCGGAGAAGAUGAAGGUGACCAACUUGCCUGCAUGAUGGAGUUACUGGGUAUGCCACCUCAGAAACUGCUGGAGCAAGCCAAGCGUGCCAAGAACUUCAUCAGCUCCAAAGGCCACCCACGUUACUGCACAGUCACCACGCUUAGCAAUGGCACCGUAGUGCUCAACGGGUGCCGAUCUCGCCGAGGAAAAAUGCGAGGUCCACCAGGCAGCAAGGAGUGGGUUACGGCACUAAAGGGCUGCGAUGAUCCCACAUUCAUUGACUUUCUGAAGAAGUGUUUGGAUUGGGACCCUAGUACACGAAUGACACCGGUUCAGGCUUUAAGACACCCCUGGCUCUACAAGAGAUUGCCCAAGCCGGUACCUGCUGGAGAGAAGUCGGCGGUGCCCAAACGGAUCACCGAGCACAGCACUUCUUUCCCCACGAUCAUCUCCAAGGUGUCUACCAUCACGGGCCCAACCAAUAACAAACUGCGGACCACCAUGAUGGGGGACUCCAGUGGAAGUAUACCCUUACGUACAGUGCUGCCGAAGCUCGUUUCAUAGAGAUUCCUUAGCUUUUCAGGGAUAAAGACAUAUUUGUAGCAAUAUUUGUUUUAGAAGUGGAUUUGUUUUGUUCUGAAUGAGUGUCAAAACUGAGAGUUUUGGCUUCAAUUUUUAAUGAAGUGUAAAAGCAAAAACAAUUUUAUACAACAUAAACUUAACUGUUAACUAGA